GCCAUGGCCUUGAGGCUCCUGAGACUGGCCCCGGCCUCCACGUCCGCGCGGGUCUUGGUGGCGGGCGCCCAGCGCGUGGGAAGACUUCAUACCAGUGUGCAGUGUCAGCUGCGAUACGGACCUUUGGCAUUUAUGCUUGGUGAUAAAACAAGCAAAAAACUGACAGAAUACAGCAAAGUGAUAACUGUAGAUGGCAAUAUAUGUUCUGGGAAAGGCAAGCUUGCAAAAGAGAUAGCAGAGAAACUAGGCUUAAAGCACUUUCCUGAAGCAGGGAUACAUUAUGCAGACAGCACUACAGGGGAUGGAAAGCCUCUGGACGUAGCGUUUAGUGGCAACUGUAGUUUGGAGAAAUUCUAUGAUGAUCCGCAAAGUAAUGAUGGCAACAGUUACCGCCUGCAGUCCUGGUUGUAUGCCAGUCGUCUCCUGCAGUAUGCAGAUGCCUUGGAACACUUGCUGAGCACAGGACAGGGUGUUGUGUUGGAGCGCUCCAUCUUCAGUGACUUUGUUUUCCUGGAAGCGAUGUACAACCAAGGAUACAUCCGAAAGCAGUGUGUGGACCACUACAACGAGGUGAAGAAGGUCACCAUCUGUGAAUACCUGCCUCCCCACGUGGUGAUCUACAUCGAUGUGCCCGUUCCAGAGAUCCAGAGUCGGAUUCAGAAGAAAGGAAAUCCACAUGAAAUGAAGGUCACCUCUGCCUAUCUUCAGGACAUCGAGAAUGCCUAUAAGAAAACCUUCCUCCCUGAGAUGAGUGAAAAAUGUGAGAUUUUACAGUAUAGUGCAAGGGAAGUUCGUGAUGCAGGAAAGGUGGCAGACGAUAUUGAAUACCUCAAGUAUGACAAAGGACCUUGGCUUGAACAGGAUGAUCGCACUUUUCACGAGCUGCGAAUGCUGGUUCAGGAUAAGUUGGAUGUGCUGAAUUACACAACCAUCCCCAUCUAUCUCCCAGAAAUCACAAUUGGAGCUCAUCAGAGUGAUCGUGUCUUCCGUGAAUUUGGAAAGCUGCCGGGCCGUCGGUACUGCCCUGGGUACAACGCUGACGUGGGUGACAAGUGGAUCUGGCUGAAGUGAAUGGGCUGCCCUCUGCUCCAGCUGUAUCAUCACCACAACAAAGCAACGCUGGUCUGCCAGACUUUCGUGGACUCUGUCUAACUUUAAAAUUAGAGGGACAAGUAAAUUAUCCGAAAAUUGCACAGUAUAAGAAAUGGCCUAGCAAAAAGCAAUCUGCCCUGUAGCAGCAUUAAUGGAGUUGGAAGAAAUAACUUCCAUUUAAAAGGUUUUGGAACCUUCUAACUUUAUUUUGGAAUGAUCCAUAAUUAUCACUGGAAGAAAAUGGGUCUGCUGUGGAAGCUCAGCCCUUGGCAGAAGCUGUUGCUCUGUGUCAUGCAGGCUGUGUACAUUGUUUUUCAAACUUCCAGAAAUAAAGUCAUUUCUGUGGA